UUGAGGUUAAAGCGAGUCAGUGAACACGAGGCGUCCGGCGACGGUGCAGACUUCAGUGGAGCCUUCGAAGACGGACCGAGGAAUCCCUCAAGCAUACAAUCGCCGCAGCUGGAGACACUUUCAACGGCCAUCAGGACUCACAGCAUACCAACCGGAGAUCCCACAACGGGCUCUUUCUUCGCGUCCAUCGUACUCUUCACUGCAAUUCAACCAUCGAAGAACACCAGCAGAAAUAAAGUAAUCAUGUCGGAUGUGGAGACUGCUUCUUCAAUCAAGUCCUCCCAAAACCUUUCUGUUGCUCCACCUAGACCUCCACGAUCGCUGCGGGAAAAAGUACUUACAAAAUCCAGUUUAUCAAAAGCAACACCUAGCGAGAAGUUGUCGCAGCCAUCAUCUCAUCCCGCAACAGGAAAACGUCCAGCGGACUCUGCUCCGACAGACGCAUCUACAACAAGAAAAAAUGCCUCUUCGCACACCCCCACUCUGGGAACUAAAAUGUCGCAAACUUCAGUUAAAAGCGACAGCUCGAUCCGAUCCUCCGUUUGUGACCCGGUAGAUGCGGCUAUCGACAAAGUAGCUAACUGGAAGCAGGAAGAAAUUCCUCCACUUCCAGUUUUAUCCGACGAAGAACUUUCGAUCACAUCUGCGCCGGAAUCACCACUAUCGGAGGCACCGGAAAAAGGAAGACCCAGCCUGCUUUUUAACUCCAACAGGCGACUGGGGGUGGAAAUGGAUAUGGCAACAAAAGAAGCGAACGAAAUGCUUCUGAGAGGGAAGGAAGCGCUAGAAAUGGCAGGGAAUAUGAAGAGGGAGUGUAAGUUAAUAGCUUUAGAGAGUCUGCAGUCCCUCUACGAGAUGGUCCUGGCGCUGUCAGAUUCCAGAUCUAGACAUAAGCAUAAUCUAGAAAGGGAACGCUCACGCAACGCUCAAGAACUAAUGCGAGUGGAGCGCGCCCAUAACAAGAUCAUCACCCAGCUUAUGAAGGAAAUGGCUUCCGAACUAGGCCAUGCCAGGACAGAUAUAAAAAAUACCCUCCAGGAAUCCAAGGCGAUACGGGGUUGGUUGAACUUCGAAACCCAAGAGGCCUUCCGCAAAACGAGCGACCUACUCAAAGCUGUGACGGACUUAGACAAGCGCAUAGGUGUGAUUCAGUCGAACUUGAGUCAGCAGAAGCAAGAAGGUGCAGACAACAUUUUAUCUCACCUAAGAGUGGACCUUACUGGAGUAAAAUCUAGUGUGGAAACACUCAAACUUCAAUUGGACGAAAUGCGCAGAGUCAUCGAAAAGUCCGAAAACAACACCAAGAAGGUUCUGGAGACCGGCCAAAAAACCCUGCUACGCCUGGAGUCACCACCAUCCCACCCCUCAGAGGAAAUAAGUAAAACGUUGGAACAUGAGCUGAAUGGAAUGAAGAGUUCGCUGAAGGAGAUAGAUACAAGUAUCAGAUCUGGACUUUCAAUCUUACCUUCAGCGGACUCCAGUAAAAUAUUCCAAACCAGCAUAAGGGAACAUCUUCAACCAAUAGAAGAACACUUAGGUACAAUGUCAUCCGAGCUGAGGACGAUGAGAGAGCAGAAGCAACGGGCCCCAUCACCUACAGCCCCAAAUCUAACAACAGAGCUUGCACAAACUGGCGAAGCAGCAACAAAGCCAAAAAAGACAUACGCCAGAGUGGCUGCAAGCCCUCCCCUUCCUAAACCCAAUCACACUCUCAUUAUCACAUCAACUGAUUCGAAAAACACAGCCGAAAAUAUCAUCGAGAGAAUCAGGGAGGUUCUAGACACAAAAAAGACUGGAGCCAAAGUAGAUAGG